CUUCUCUGAACAAAUAAUACGUUUAAACUUACUGAAACUAAAUAUUCGGAUUUAUUGUGACUGAAAUACUUGAACCAGAACAAGAAACCUUAAUCUUCCGCACAGAGGGAAUACCCUAUUUAUUACGGGUCUGUGGCCCAUGCGGUAAAGUAGAUCAUGUGUUGACAAACAAUUUACCAAGGAUAAAAACAACUUUUGGCUGCGGAAAAACUAGCGCCAUGAUGAAUCUGAAAUACACUUUCGUACUUCUCAUUUUGGCAGCUUUUCUUGCUCUUGGAGAGGGUGGAAGAAGACGCCGGAAUAGAAAUUGCCCAAGAUCUGACCCCGAAUCCAAUGGAGAUCACUGGUGUUGUGAUGUCAAGACUAAAAACACGACGAUGUGGGAUUUUUUUUUGUGGCCUUGCGAUGCUCUCCAAGAAGAAAAUGGCGGUGAAAAUCCCCCUGAAAAUCAAAUGGAGUGGAGUGAACACAGCAGAAAACGUCGGUCAGGGGACCAUGGUUGGUGGGAGGACUUGUGUAUUGUGUGGGUACGUUUCAAUGUAACUGUCACUUACAAUAAUUGGAAGUGCUGCGAUGGAUGGUCAAUGGAUCUCGAUGGCUACUGCUCCAUUGCUGACGAUGGUUCGACAGACUUAUACUGUGAUAAUGGCGGCACUCCAAUUGACAAUGCUUACUGUGCUUGUCCACACGGAUUCACUGGAACACAUUGCGAGACUCCUAUCUGCACACCCGCCUGCCAGAACAACGGACACUGCGGUGCCAGAGAUGGACGUCCGAUCUGCGUCUGUCCACAUAAUUUCGCUGGAGAUUAUUGCGAAACUCCUGUGUGCGACAGACCGUGUCAGAAUGGGGGUCUCUGUGUGGCCGAUGCCUGCGACACAAGAUGUCGCUGUAGGGCAGGAUUCGCCGGCAAAUAUUGCGAAAUAGUAAUCAAAGAGGGAGAGUGUCCAUCGAAAUUUCAUGGAGCCUGUCAUGAGGCCUGCAACACAGAUGUAGACUGCCUCGGUGUCAACAAAUGCUGUUACAAUGGAUGCGGCCACGAAUGCAUGAAACCUAUCAACUCGAGCCGAUGUGUUUACAAAAAUCGCACAUACAACGUAGGAGAGCGCAUGUUCAAGGACGACUGUACGACCUGUCUGUGUCAGGGGGAGGGGAUGACCUCUGACCCCAGCGGCUUCGAUUGUUUUACCAUUACCUGUGCCGUCUGGAGAUGUCCGGAUGGGAUGGUCAUGAAAACUACACCAGGACAAUGUUGCGGGCAGUGUGAAGCUAUUGAAUGUCCAAAUGGUUGUGGCGAAGGAGAAUGUAAAAUGGUAAACGGAAGUCCUCAGUGCGCAUGUCCUUCAAACUUCCGAGGGGAAUCCUGUCAAAUACCUGUGUGUGCUUCCUCUUGUCUCAAUGGCGGCACCUGUGUGGCCAGCGGAGGCAAUACCUACUGUGUCUGUGGUUCUUCAUACACAGGCCGUCGUUGUGAAAUUAAGGUUGAAAGCCAUGAAGGGCUUUGUCCAUCUGUAAACAGAUCAACGGAGUAUUGCCGCGACCUGUCUGAUUGUCAGUAUGAUUCACAAUGUCAAGGGUACCAGAAAUGUUGUAAGUCGGGGUGUGGUUUCAAAUGUAUGGCAGCUGUCAAUCAAGACGUCUGUAUACUAGGGGGAGUCACCUACCGCAAGGGCGACUUCCAUCAGAGGUCAGCGUGCGAAUCCUGCCAAUGCAUGGGUCAAGGUCAAGGGAAUGACCCCAGUGGAUUUAACUGUAACAGUAUGAUGUGCGCCAUGGUUAGGUGUGAUCCUGGGUUCGUUCAAACGGUAUCAAAGGAUGUUUGCUGUCCAUUUUGUGAAGAGGAAAAGACUCCAGAUCCAACAUUCACGAAAUGUCCUGAAAAAAUCACCUUGGAGGUUAACUCCUACGAUAGUACGGUGAACCUAGAGAAAUCCCUCUUGCCAAAGUUGGAAGCUUUAGAUGGGCGGGGCCAACCCCUGGAAAUUUCGUUGAGCCAACGACAGCUCAGGCACUGUGCUUGUCCUCAUAGUCAGCGCAACAUCCACAACAUCGUCGCCAGCACAGCACCAGAUUAUAUUGGAAGAACUGCAACGUGUGCUGUUGCUGUGAAAGUAAAAGACGUUCAUCCUCCAAGAUUUACAUCGUGUCCUUCCAAUAUUGAAGUCUUCACCAAAGAGAUUGUCACCUGGGAUAAACCGAAGGUUGGAGACAAUGUUGGAAUUAACAACAUCGACUUUCUGGGUUCCCAGCAUAACAACACCUUCUUUCUGAGUGGAAGUUUCUUGUUGGGUUACAUUGCGCGAGACUUCGAGGGUAACGUUGCAGUUUGUCAGUUCACCGUGUCAGUAUGGGAAGAAGAUUCUACAGACGUCAGUAUGCCUCAUCAGAUGAAAAAGAUUCAGGAAGAUAACGCCCAAUCCAAGAGCUUGUUUAUCGGUAUUGGUGCUGCACUCGGAAUUCUGAUAGCAAUCGCCGUAGGUGUCGCUCUAUACAUAUGCUGUCGCAGAUCUGCUGCGCGCGCAGCUCCUCCCCAUGACACGUCACAACACCAGGGAUACGACAAUGGAAUAUAUGCCAUUUACGGCACACCCCCACCGGAUUACGAUUACCCAGGGAAAGAAAAGCUUCCCAAAUACUCCGAAUCUGAGCCCCCGGAGUACGAGACAGUGGACCCAUUUCCCAAGGAAUCCCAAGGGGUGGUGAAUCCAACCUAUGUCAGUACAAUCGACGUCAAACUUGACCUUGACAACAAGACCAAUGAAGAUCUGUGCGAAUAAAGGACUCCAUAACGGUGUAAAUGGACCAAAACAUUGAUUUUUGUUUGUUAUUUUAGGACAGAUGGAUCAAAAUGUAAAUAGAUAAUUCUCUUACAUAUUUACAUGUAUGCAUGAUAAUUACAAGUAUAUAGAGCUUAAUAUUUAUUUAGCAUGCACUGAUAUUCUGCGUUUGAAGUUUUAUAUAUUUUAUGAACCAUUUAUAUUAAAACCACGUGUACAGCUUUAACUUUUUAUCUCAAUUUCAAUCACAGGUGCAUACAUGAGAUUAUAAAUAUGUCAUAAGAGGAUAAUUUAAAGAAAAAAUGAGUUAAGUCCUGGGGGUCUAGAUACUAUAGGGGAGGGGUCGGCUCUGUCCCCAAGCACCUGUGAUUUCAAUUGUAAACUGUAAUUCACGGCCUAAUCUUGCAUCAAAUUGAAUUUGCUAUUGAGUUAAAUAUUUUAAACAUGUAUAAUGGGAUUUUUAACACGUUAUUUAUCAGCAGGUCUGAGAUUCAUUGUUAUUUUGUAUACUUAAAGUUCAUAAACAUGUAUAUAUAUUAUUGUUUGUUCUGUAUUCGUUGUGUAUCGGACGUAUUUUCUCAAAUAAAGUGACAACUGUG